GCCUCCUCUGAUUGGUUGACGGAGGCCAUGUUUGCGUUACCAGCUGUCUAGAUGCGGGCUAGCUAACCGGUUAGCUGUCUGAGCUACAUUUGCCUCUCUAUUCGGGGUUAAAAUUCACGAACAGCGCUUCUAACCCCCCCGUUACCACCGGCAAGUCUGGAAGUCGCAAUGCCGGUUCACGCCCGGGAGAAGAAAGAAAGCAACCACGAAGAAAUGGAGGUGGACUUUCCAGAGCAGGACGGCAGCAGCACCGACGAGGAGGACACUGUGAGCUCCUCCGUGUCUGAAGAUGGAGACAGCUCGGAGAUGGAUGAUGAGGACUGUGAGAGGAGGAGGAUGGAGUGCCUGGAUGAGAUGACCACCCUGGAGAAACAGUUCACUGACUUGAAGGAGCAGUUGUACAAGGAGCGCCUGAGCCAGGUGGACAUCAAGCUGCAGGAGGUAAUGGCUGGCUGUGCCCAAGAGUACCUGGAACCUCUAGCCAACUUGCAGGAGAACAUGCAGAUAAGGACCAAAGUUGCUGGGAUCUACAGGGAGCUGUGCUUGGAGUCGGUGAAGAACAAGUACGAGUGUGAGAUCCAGGCUGCCUGCCAACACUGGGAGAGUGAGAAGCUGCUGCUGUUUGACACGGUGCAGAGUGAACUGGAGGAGAAGAUAAGAAGAUUGGAGGAAGACCGACACAGUAUUGACAUUACCUCAGAGUUGUGGAAUGAUGGAUUGCACUCACGGAAAAACAAGAAGAAAGACCCGUUCUGCCCCGUCAAGAAGAAGAAGCCCGUCGUUGUCUCUGGGCCUUAUAUCGUUUACAUGCUGCAAGAUCUUGAUAUUCUCGAAGACUGGACCGCGAUAAGAAAGGCGAUGGCAUCAAUGGGGCCACACAGGGUGAAGGUGGACGUCCCUGCUGCAGUCAAGCCUGACAGACAUCACCAUGUGGCGCGCUUCGAGGACGGUCGGCUUUUCUAUGACAACCAGUGGUACUGCAGGGGACAGGCCAUCUGUAUCAACAGGAAGGACGAGUACCCGACUAGUGCCAUCAUCACCACCAUCAACAACGACGAGGUGUGGUUCAAGAGACUGGACGGCACCAAGUCAAAGCUCUACAUCGUCCAGCUGCAGAAAGGCAAAUACACUAUCAAGCACUCGUAAAAACACACUUUAACACACACACACACACACAUACAGGCUGACAGGUCAUCAUCCGUGUUUCGUUUUGUCUCCUUUUCCCGUGUGGUAUCUUUCUACAUCCUUGCCAUAUGUACAGUCACACACACACACACACACACACACCUCACUUCACCCUCUAUGUGUAUAAGUAACAAAAAAAAUGAACAAAACAAAUAUCAACUGAAGUCUAAGGAGACGAUCUUCUCUGUAAAUAUGUACGUAUGUGGAUAUUCUUGACAAGGUCACAAAGUGUCAUUUUCUCUGGAACGGAGAUCAAUGCAAAGUGCUGCUAAAAAAAAAACUAAAAAAAACAAAGGACGAGGAGCCGGAGCAGUAGCGAACUUUGAAAACCGCGGAGCUCAGUCGCGUGCCUUUCUGAGACAAGACUGUCCUGGACUAUCAAUACCGAUGCAGUGAAGCCUUACUCUGUACUGCGUUAGCACCAAGAGGACUGAAGCGGGUCAAUGACCGAGUGACCCUCAUUGCAGGUGAGGAUUGGCGUCAGCGGGGUGUUUGAUUUGCCUCUCUGGACGCACCGGUUUAGACUUGAAUUUCAUUCUUCAAAGGGGUCUAAUAAAUCUGUAUUAGGAACCCCCUGUUUGAGGAAAUGUUUCUAUAGUUAAAAAAAAAUUUGCACACGUGUCAAUAUGGACGGAGAUGAAGAAUGAUUAAUCAAUUUUGAGGAAAUUAUUAUAUUGUGAAAAUAAUGAGUUGAACCUAUUCUUCAAGAGCUCCCCCGGGGUGUUGUUGAAACCCUCUGGGGGAGCCGCUGUACUUAAUAAUCUCUCGAUGUUUUAGUGUCUUUUUCACAGCACUACAUUCUCAGUUCAACCCAAGGCCAGCCCCAUGCACUAAGAUGAACUCAUAACUGUAUUCUAAGCAUACAGUAACGGGAGAUGCCCUGUAUAUAGAGAUGAUAAUGUGUGUUUCAUCUUUACGUCACUGUGAUUCUCCCCUCCGUCUCUUAUCAUGUUGCCAUCCGUCACAUAUUGCCUACCGUAGAGCUUAACGUUGAAGCAAGAACCAGGCUUAAAAUUACUCUACUCCACAAGUAUGAACUGCAUCUUUUUCUGUGGUGGUGGGCUCGUAAAAAAGCCUCAAAUUUUGUAAUUCAUAGUGCCAUUUUUCAGAGGUUUUUUUUGGUCUUUAUUCAGCCCAUUUUGUGUGUGCUAUGAUUGAAAUAGCUGGUUAAGUCCUGCAGUGUAAAUGUCCCCUAAAAAAAAAAUCCAAAGUAUCUCCCAUUCUCCGUCCUCUCUUCUGUCUUGUCUGUGUUCCUCCCUCUCAGUUUUCACUUCUCUUUCUCUAUUCCCUGUUGUCUUCCUCCGUCCUGUCGGUAAAAAUGUUCCUCAACAUUGAUAUAUUAACUGUACAAUGACAAAGCAAGAUGAAGGGAUUUUUUUUUUUUUGUACAAUCCGUCCAAUCGAAUCAUCUGCAUACGUGUAAAUUAUGCUUGAUUCGAUGAAGGGGGAUCUCGCUUUGUGUUGUAUAUACGGUGCUUUCUAUUUUCAGCAUUGCAUUCAUAUUUCAAAGUAUUACCCGCCAACAGUAUUGUAAAGAGAGGUGCUUGCAACAUUAUGUCAAAAACAUAAAGUGUCUGUGAAGCCCGAUGUGGCAUCCACUGAGUAGAACAUUUGAUAGUUUGUUUCUGCUUUGUUUCUACCUUUUUAUGCAUUUUGGUUCAUUUGGUAAGACGAAAAAAACAUGUGACAUUGUGCCAACGCAUGUACAGCUGAUUAAAGAUUUUGUUUGUAUCAUUCGAAGAGAGUCAAACCAGCACAUAAACAAUUUCUUUAUCCUUU